CGAGCCGUUCAGGAUCCUUGCCGGCUCGCGCCUUCCCCAGGGCUGAUGGCCAUUGUGCUGCUGGCUUGAGCGCUUCCGCCAGGUGUGCGGCAGUGAACGCUGGGGGGAUACCGGUGCAUGGUAUCAAGGGAUCCCGAGUUGCGCAUCUUCGUGCCAGCGCACCUCGUCAACGGCGACCUCGGGGCGCGCGUUGCAGCGUUUGCAGCGCAUUUCGGCUCACUAGACGUUGUUCUUCUCGAUGGCGGACUCGCAGCGCCGGUUCUGCCACCCGCCGCCGCCGCCGCCCCCGGCACAUGGCUGCCGGCAGCCCGCGGAGGUGGAGCAGCUCGAGCAGUCCGACAAGCAGGUGAAGCCGCAGGUGGAGGUUCCGGUGAUCUCGCCCUUUUCCCCCCCGCCUGGGGAUUUCAGAUCGUAUCCCAGUCCAGUGGCUACGGUGCAGGCGGUUUCGCCUCCCAGGGCCAUGGCGGCGGAUGCGGCGAGUUCUUCGGCGGAGCAGGGUACCACUACGAGCACUACCAUUCCACCGGCGCCCAAGAAGAGGCGUCGCAAACACAUGUUGAGCGACUACAAGCGCAUCCUCAAGCGCAUAACGGAGGACAUGCCCACUGGUCAGGAGCCGGACAGGACGGAAAUCGCAGCUUUGGCGAUGGGGUGGUGGCCUCCUUCGCCGCCUGCUCCGGUCACGCCGCCGUCACCUCCGACUCCGCCAGCAGGAACGAGGAUCCCACGGACGCCACCUCGGAGGUGAGGACCUUCUACAUCGGCGACGGGUCCUUUCCCGAUGCAGGUGGUGAAGGUGCAGCCCCCGACAUGUCAGCCCUUAGUGGCGGUGUCACGCUUGACGGCUCUGGCACGUCAGCCGUCAGUGGCGGUGCCUCGGAGUCGCCUUUCGGUGUAGGCACGUCAGCCCAGAGUGGCGGUGUCCUGGACAUGUCAGCCCAUAGUGGCGGUGUCCAUCACGAGUGGGAUGAUUUUUCCUCGUCUUCUUCUGUACCCUCGCUGGCUGCUGGCGCUACGGAGGUGGCCCCGACGAGGAAGAAGAAGAAUCGGCGCAAGAAGAAUAAGAAGAAGGUGAGUUCGCAUGUGACCGAGCCCGGUCCGGAGCAGCUGCAGGUUUCUGGCGCUCCUCCGGACGCGAUGCCUUCCAUUUUUGAGGCCUCCCGUGAGGACCUCGCCACGGACAUCCAGUCUGGAGCUUUUUCACAAGAUGCGAAAGAGUUGGACGACACUGACGUUGCCUUGCUGGGCCGCUUCGCUGACGGCGAAGCUGUGCUCUCGGAGUUGCAGCAGCAGCCGUCGCUGCGGGCACCGGCGUUGGAGGUCGCCUCUCGGCUGAUGGCAGCAGGUGCGAAUUCGAAUGUUGCUUUCCUGCCAAUUGUGCAGGGCCUUGCGACGCAGCAGACAUGAUGUCCACUCUGGGGUUUUUAUCUUAGCAAAUGCCAGACUUUGUGAUACCCUGGCUUUUACGCGCUUUCAUAUUUUCCUGCUUGCCAAUCUCUACGGAAGCUUGUCACAGCAGCUGCCUACAGGAA